CAUCCAUACGCAUGUUUAUUUGCGCUUGGUGCGCGAAUCGUAAUCGGUAGUCGAACGGCAACGGGCAACGUGUGUGAGUGUUUGACCGUAUAUAAAAGCGCCAGCGGCUCGCGGUCUGUACGACACUUGUGUGGUGGCAAUCGUGACGAACGCGAAACCUUACAAAUAGCAAACGAAUUUCCACGAAGCUGAAUGAAAAACGGCACAUAUCGUCGAUUAGAGGAAAAAGCGUUACAUACAUACACAUAUAUUAAUGGCUUUCUUAAGCGGCGGCGGACUCAACUGCAAUUGCAUUUAUGUGUUGUGCCUAAUUAUUUUCGCCUGGCAGCUAUGCGUUGCUAAACAAUUGCCAUUGCCCGCCAAUGUCGCAGCUGCCGCAGCCACCAACGGUGCAACAACAAAUGUUGGCCGCAGCAGUAGCAGCAGCAGUAACAACAACAAUAAUAACAACGGCGGGGGCAGCGGAGGUGUAGUGCAUCAACCACGUCAUGAAUCGUAUGUUGCUGAUGACAUUGAUGACGAAAGCGAUGCAGCCGCGGCAGCGCCACCUGCAACGCGACGACGACGUCAGGUAUCCGAUUGGUUCAUUGCGCCAAAUACACGCUGGUGCGGCAAGGGUAAUUUGGCCAAUGGUACCUACAAUCAAUUGGGCGGCGCAUCGAUGGCCGAUAAAUGCUGUCGCACACACGAUCACUGCCAAAAAUUCAUACCUGCGCUCUCCACUCGAUACGAACUCUUCAAUUAUCGACCCUACACACUGUCGCACUGCAAGUGUGAUCGACGUUUUCGCACCUGUUUGAAAAUGGCGCACGACGAGGAUGCCAAUACGAUUGGCAAACUGUUUUUCAACAUGGUGCAGACGCAAUGUUUCGUACUCAAAACGGAGUAUGUGUGCACGCAGCGCGGCAGCGAUCCUGAUGAUUGUAUCAAGGGUUUUGAGCGUAAGAAAGCCUACCUCAAGGACAAUCUCAAGUUUUAAAUACACACACAACAUGUUGAGCAGCACCGCAUAUUAUGAAUUAUCACCAGGCAACUGUUUUCAAAAGAAAUACACACACUAUAUUGUAGCAAGAAAAUGGAUUUCCUUUGCCUUAAGUUUGAAACUUAAUCUCGUACUUAAUAAGAGUACUUAACAAAGAACACAUACACUCACAAAACACACGGACACACUCGAAUAUGUAUUAAGUCGUUGUGUACUUAUAUAUUCCUAAACAAAUACUUAAAAGUGCUAUUAUAAUGCAUAUUGCAGUUUAGUUUGUAGUUUUAGUCAUACUGUAGUAGUUUUAAACACAAUAUUUACUGCCUGUAAAACAAAGUUUUAAAUAGUUUUUAGCUAAUCGUUAGUUUGAACAAGAAAGCAAAAAUGAAAAAUGCAAAAUAACGAACAAAUUGUAACCAAAUUUACCCCCUAGUUAGGCUACAAGGAAGAUUUGGAUUUCGUACCCGGAACCAGAAUCAAGACCAGAAGCCGGAAUUGUGACACGCUUCAAGGUCGUUUUUAUUUAUGAAUUAAGAGUAUUGUUAAGGCAAUUGCCUUGAUCGAAAUUAUAUGCUUUAUAGCAAUAAAUACAUACACACAUACAUACACAUA